AUGCAACAAAACCAGCAAACUCUCUCUCUCCUCACCCGGUCAAGAACAAGGAGAUGCAUCCCAUGCCUCCUCCUCUCCCUCGCCCUCCUCGCCCUCAUCCCCUCUCUCUCUACCAUCCCCACUCUCUCUCGUCAAUCCUCCUCUCCUCCCCACCAAAGUCACCCCCUCUCCCCCGUCUCCGCCUCCAUCUCCACCACCCUCUCCUCCCUCCUCUCUCUCCCGUCCCCCUCCCCCCAGACCCUCUCCCACAUCCACCUCCUGCAAUAUCUCUCCCACCAACUCGAGGCCCACCUCAAGGGCGCAACCGAGAUCUCCGACAGCGCCAACCCCAAAGACUCCGGCAUUUCCACCCCCGAUUUCUUCCUCAUUGAAGAGCUCCGCAAGUAUUCGUCCGGCCGGCCAAACCGAAGCAACCGGAAAAAUUUCAUGGGGGCUAAUUCGACAUUUUUGAGCAUGGGCCACUGGUGCUGGAGCAUGAAGAGAGAGAUGGAGGAGUACAUGGAUUAUGAUGUUGGUGAGUUAUGUGAAGAUGAUUGGAGGGUGGGUCAGCGUUUGAUGGUGGGUGGGUGCGACCCGUUGCCCAGGAGGAGGUGCUUGGCUAGGGCACCAAGGUGGUACACAGAGCCAUUUGCAAUCAAUGAGUCAAUGUGGAGGGUGCCUGAUGAUAGGAAUGUGAGGUGGAAUGGGUACAUUUGCAAGAAUUUUACCUGUUUGGCCAGGAAUGAGACCAGGAAGGGGUUCUUCAAGUGUGCUUCUUGCUUUGAUCUACCAGGUCAUGAGAAGCCUAGAUGGAUCAAGAUAGAGAACUCAACUGAAAAUCCGAGCCCCGACUUCUUAAUCUCAGAUGUUCUAAACAUCAAGCCUGGAGAGAUAAGAAUUGGCUUAGAUUACAGUGCUGGCACCGGAACUUUUGCAGCUAGAAUGAGAGAAUUCAAUGUCACCAUAGUCUCCGCUACAUUAAACCUUGGUGCACCAUUCAAUGAAAUGAUAGCAUUAAGAGGACUUGUUCCUCUGUACCUAAGCUUGAAUCAACGGCUACCGUUCUUCGAUAACACGCUUGAUAUUAUCCACACGACGAGGUUUUUGGACGGUUGGAUCGAUUUCCAAUUGUUGGAUUUUGUGUUGUUUGAUUGGGACAGGGUGCUCAGGCCAGGGGGAUUGUUGUGGAUUGAUAGCUUCUUUUGUUCUAGGGGGGAUUUGAAUGACUACUUGCAUAUGUUUGAGCAAUUUAGGUAUAAGAAACACAGGUGGCUUGUGGUGCCAAAGGUUGAUAAAGAAGGGGAUGAGGUGUUCUUCUCUGCUGUGCUAGAGAAGCCCCCAAGGCCCUUUUAGGCCUUCUUUGCCAUAAAUCAUGUAUGAGUUCAUUUUG